UUGUAUGAUUGAAAAUAAAAGAGAGAAAAAUGAAAUUGAAUUUAAUUGGGACCAAACUGGGCUCAAUCCCAUGUAAACUGUUGCUCGUAUGUUAUAGCAUAAAAAAUAUUAUAAAAAGGAACUUUUGAUAAAGAUAACUUGUGCACAAAUAAUUGCAAAGCGAAGUCUGAUUUAUAUAUCUUGUCAGAUAGUGAAGUCCAUAGGUCACGAGAUUCCAAUCAAAUAUGACUACGUCUCACAGUGGACCAGGAGAAGUUGAUUUCUAGCAGCCAAGUUGGACUAUUCCAAAUUGCCAGCUUUCUUCUUCCUCUCGCUAACAACUUCAAACUCCCUCCACUCCACUCCACUCCACUCGACCCCAACCUUUCCUAUAUUCACGAGUCUGCACCCUGCUAGAUUUAUCUGUGUAGGAAAGUUUGGAAGAAGCUAUGGCGUUAGGAUUUGUGAUAACCAGUACAGAUGGGCAAUAUAAUGGCAGGAUUACUUUAUUUGUGGCGUUGUCUUGCAUGAUGGCUUCCAUGGGAGGUGUUAUCUUUGGCUAUGAUAUUGGAAUUUCAGGUGGAGUAACUUCUAUGGAGCCAUUCCUGAAAAAGUUUUUCCCAGAAGUCUACACUAGGAUGAAAGAAGACACAGAGAUUAGCAACUACUGCAAAUUUGAUAGCCAGCUACUGACAUUAUUCACAUCCUCGCUCUAUAUAGCUGGUCUAAUUGCUUCCUUCUUUGCUUCAUUGGUCACUGCAGCCUAUGGGCGGAAACCAUCAAUCCUUGCUGGAGGAGCUGCAUUUCUUGCUGGUGCAGCACUAGGUGGUGCAGCUGUCAACAUAUACAUGCUGAUUUUUGGCAGAGUCCUGCUUGGAGUCGGUGUUGGUUUUUCAAACCAGGCAGUUCCUUUAUAUCUCUCAGAAAUGGCACCUCCCAAAUGCAGAGGAGCAAUCAACAACAGCUUUCAGUUCAGUGUAGGUAUUGGGGCCUUAGCUGCAAACUUGAUAAACUAUGGAACCGAAAAGAUUAAAGGUGGUUCGGGAUGGAGAAUAUCGUUGGCUAUGGCUGCAUUUCCAGCAUCAAUUUUAACUUUAGGUGCACUCUUUCUCCCUGAAACACCAAACAGUCUAAUUCAACGUAGCAGCAAUCAUGAAAAGGCUAAAAAGAUGUUGCAAAGAGUUCGAGGCACGGAUGAUGUCCAAGCAGAGCUAGACGAUCUCAUCAAAGCUAAUGAUGUUUCGAAAACCACAAAAAACCCUUAUAAGAAUAUCAUACAAAGAAAAUACAGGCCUCAGUUUGUCAUGUCUAUAGCAAUACCCUUCUUUCAACAAGUAACUGGAAUCAAUGUGAUUGCAUUCUAUGCACCAAUACUCUUCCGAACAAUUGGUUUAGGCAUUAGUGCCUCUCUCUUGUCUGCAGUCGUAACUGGGGUUGUAGGUAUAGGAACAACAUUCAUAUCAAUGCUGAUAGUCGACAAAGUUGGCCGAAGAUUUCUGUUAAUAAUGGGAGGAAUUCAAAUGUUUGUCUCUCAAUUGACUGUGGGAGGAAUUAUGGCAGCAAAGUUAGGGGAUCAUGAUGGACUAAACAAAAGUUACGCUUUUUUGAUUCUGGUGUUGAUCUGCAUUUAUGUUGCUGGUUUUGGAAUUUCAUGGGGUCCAUUAGGAUGGUUAAUUCCCAGUGAAAUUUUUCCCUUGGAAAUAAGAUCGGCCGGACAAAGUAUCUCAGUGGGCAUAAACUUUCUCUUCACUUUCGUGGUUGGCCAAACAUUUUUAUCAAUGCUUUGCCAUUUCAAGUCAGGGAUUUUCUUCUUCUUUGGAGGCUGGGUAGCAAUAAUGACAGCAUUUGUUGUCUUGUUAUUACCAGAGACAAAGAAUUUGCCAAUUGAACAAAUGGAUAGGAUCUGGAAAGAACACUGGUUUUGGAAGAAAAUUGUAGAGAACAACGAGGAGGUGCUUGGCAAAGUAGAUGGAGAAUCUCGUAACUGCUGAUAUCAAAUAAUAUUCCAUGAAAUUUUAUUUGUAUUUCUUUCAAAAUUUGAAUAAUUUUUAUCUGAACUGUCUCAGGUAUACAGUUCAGAAAUCUUACAAGUUUAAUCAUCCCUCAAUUUGAGAUCUUGAGGACUGGAAAACUUCUCCCAGCUAUUACAGAACUUGGACUUCAAACCUCAAACAAUGAUCAUGUGAUUCGUGGUGAAGAAUUUACCUCACAUGAGGGGGCUGCACCCUGUACAGUUCGAGAAAAUUUGAAAGCCAUUAUUUGUGAACAA